UGAGUGAGUGAGUGAGUGAGUGACUGAGUGACUGAGUGACUGAGUGAGUGUUCCCACUGUUCUCUGCCCCUCAUUCGGUGGUCUGGACCUAUUUGGAGCACACAAAAGACCUGCUGCCAUCCCCUUGUGCUGGUCCGAAGGAGCGCUCCAAACAGACUGGUUCCCAGCCGUCAUCCCUCGUCUUUUACCCAUCUCCAAAGCUGUCCUGGCAAGUCCUGAAGAAACCUGCAGAAGAAAUGCUGGCCCGGUUCCCACUUGGCCGCGCUCCCGAGCGUGGCACUAAAGGUCAGAGGUUCACUCCUGUGGAAUCCCAGUCCUCUUGUGCACUGGUCUCCGUGUUCUUUCCAGCCCCCUAAGCUGAUAAACGGCGUGGGGAGAGGCAGGACAGGGGGGAGGAGAAUGUGAUGUAACCUCUGACUGCGGCCAAGCCUCGCCACAAGCCCACGGUGCCUGCGGCUCGCCCCGGGGUUCUGGUGGCCGCCGCAGUUCGGGAGGCUGAAGAAGAAGGCGUGAAGAUGCAGCAGGGCUGCGGGAGACCCUAGCGGGUGAUGUACACAGCUCCCCGGUGAGAGGGAAGCCGAGGGCAGUGUGCAGCUCCCUGUGCUGCCGCUGCCCCUGCGCCGCCCCGGCUGGACACACCUGGAGCGCACCGGGAUGCUCGGAGCCGGCUGCGGUGAGUCCGCUCCUCUCCUGCCCCUUCCCACGCUUGGGCAGGGAAGGGAGGGAAGGGGAGUGUUGGGGGGGGGGCAUGUAACCGUGUGGAAUCCCUGCUGGAUUGACUCUGAGCCGGCUGAUAAUCGCCGACUAAUCUGGGUGCUGGCAGAGCCCGCCCGGAUUACAAGGGCGUGUGGCUCUGUGUCAGGAUGGGUGUGACACUCUCAGGGGGCUCGGGCUUGGGUCACAGGAGCACCCCGAAAGGGGCUUGACAGCUAGGACUAACUGCAGGAGAGAAAUUUGGGGGUGUCUGUCACCAGCACGGUGUUGGGCAUGGAUGUCACAGUCUGUGAGGAGACUUUGACUCCUUUUCUCCACGCCAGCAGGAGAUGGAGCUGGGAGGGAGCUGGUCCUGUGUGUUUGCUGAUGGACAGAACUGGAGCAGGUAGCUCAGGCUGUUGAAAUUAACUGCAGAAAAGUGUUUUCUAGGAGAACUUCCAAGUGCCAUUGAAAACAUCUCCCUGCUAAAGGAAAGAAGGGAAGAGGAGGAUCACAGUAAUUUGUAUGAGUAUUUUACUUUAUACACUAUAUUACAGAGUCUAUACAGAUACAAAAAAAUUAAUGUAUAAACUGGGGCCUCAGAAAACCAAACAACCAGCUCUGUUCACACCUCUGGAGCUGCAGCAGUGCUGAAUGAAUCCCUAGCUGCCUUCCAGCACUGGGAAUACCCAAUAAUGCCUGCAGAAGGAUGCAGUUAUGACACCUGGUGUGAGUCCUCAUGUGAAUGUUGUGCCCACACUGCUUUAGGAAAAAAUGCCACGUGACUGAUUUUCCAGUGGUACUGGCAGUUCCCUCCUGGCUCUGGCAGAUCACAUGCAGCUGCUCAGAGCAUUUUUUAGAGGUGAAACCUCCAUGAAAUACCAAAAUCUGGAAAUUAAAUAAUAAGUUAUUUAGAUUUAUAAAUAAAUAAAAUCUGGAAGUUAAGUAGCUAAUCAUUGCAGGUGGGUAGGGUGGGGUGUCUCUUUCUUCCUUUUUCAAAGGGGAUUUUAAUCCUGGUCUAAAAGUUAAAUUUUUAGAAUGCUAACUAUUGUCCUUUCAUUAGCUUAGUCCUGAGCCUUUGUCUAAAGACCCUCCCCAUUCUAGACUCAGUCAGGUUAAUUUCUUUCCAGAACUUGGGAUGGCUUCAACUUGGCAGAAAACUCAGGAAUUCUACAACUGGAUUCUUGAAAGUGGAGAUCCAAGGACAGACCCGUGGCCACUGGUCUACUCCCCAGUUCCUGUCACCCUGGUCUUCACCUCCUACCUCUUGUUGGUGGCACUGGGGCCGUCCUGCAUGCGGCAGUGUCGGCAGCUGCAGCUGCGGGCUCUGCUGCUCACCUACAACCUGGCCAUGGUGGCAUUGUCCAGCUACAUGUUCUACGAGUUUCUGGUCACUUCAGUCUUGGCCAACUACAGCUACCUGUGCCAGCCAGUGGAUUACAGCCGGAGUGAGCUGGGAAUGAGGCAGAUGGCAAGAGUGUGUUGGUGGUUCUUCUUCUCCAAAGUCAUCGAGCUGCUGGAUACGGUUUUCUUAAUUCUGCGCAAGAAACAGGAGCAGGUGACUUUUCUGCACGUGUACCAUCAUGGCUCUAUGCUCUUCAACUGGUGGUCAGGAGUCAAAUACGUGCCUGGAGGACAAGCCUUCUUUAUUGGGAUGCUCAACUCCUUUGUCCACAUCUUCAUGUAUGGCUACUACGCCCUGGCCAGCCUGGGACCGCAGAUGCGCCCGUACCUGUGGUGGAAGCGUUACCUGACCAUCCUGCAGCUGUGCCAGUUUGUGGCCGUUGCUGCUCAUUCUUCCUACAACCUCUUCACAGAGUGCCCAUUCCCUGAUGGCUUCAACACUGCAGUCUUCCUCUACAGCCUCAGCCUCCUGGCUCUCUUCCUACACUUCUACUACAGGACCUACAUUAGGGGAAAGAGGGAAAAGCUGGCUUAAAGGAGAUCAGAGGGCACGGAGAGCAGAGUCUGAGGAACGUGCGUGUUCUCUGCUGCUUGUGAUGCACUUUCAGGAAGAAAAUGUGUCUGGGGAGUGUGUGUGAGGAUCAUGUCUUGCCUUCAAAUAUCCCAGGUUAGGGAGAAGAAAGGAAUGAUGUAAACUCAGGGAUUAAGGAACUGAGGAGCACACUUAAUUAAGCUGAGACCAAGCUAAGCCAAGCAGUCACCAGCAGAGCAAGCCUUGGGACAUUUGCAAGAUAAGGUCUCCUUCCCUUCCAUCUUUAACUCAGUGUCCAAGGUCUAGCAGCCAGCUAGAGCUCCCUGCCUCAUUCCUUAGGCUGUAGAGGGUUUCUUUACAUCCACAAAACUAUCUCAGCCUGUAGAUCAGGCAGGGUCAUGUGCCUCCAGCCUGGAAAUCAAUGUCCAGGUAGCAGCAGCAGCCAGGAAUCCACACUCAGCUGUACACUGCAUCCUACCCUGCCCUGCUAAGGGAGCUCCUACUAGGUGCUCCUGAUGGUUUAACUUCAUAUCAGGAACAUCAGCAAGGAAACUGGACAUUAGGUUGUCUGGCUGGGCAAGUGUCUUCAUUGCCCUGGAGCUAAAAAAGGCAUUAUUAGAACUUUCACCCUAAUAAGAAAUGAGUGCAGUAAGAGUCACCAUGUCCCAUUUUCUGGAAUGUUUGUUUCCCUUUGGUUGCUCUCACACCAAUAGAGGAUUUUAAUGCAUAAAGAUACUUGGUAUUACUCCUUAUAGAUGCCAUAAUUGAACUAGAAAGAAUAGAUUGCUGUUCCCUAUUCAUAACUUAUUUUCUUCAAUUUGUUAUUAUUUUUAAUACUGUUAUUUUAAAAUUUUGCUUCUUGUCAAACCUAAAGAGUUUAACACCACUGUAAGCAACCACCUUUACUACCUAAUUGUAUAAGAAUUAAUACAAAAUGUAUAAAAUCAAUUCAUUGGGUAGUGCAAAGCUGCAUAGUCCCAUUGAUUUUAAGACAUCACUCACUGGCUUCUUUUUUUGCUCCUAAAUCAAUUACAACUAGAAUUUGGCAUUUACAUUCAUCUUCAGGCUGUUAAAUACUGUUAAAGUUUCGAUAUAGUAAUGCUUUGAAAAUCCUAAUUAAACUACAAAGUGGUAAUUAUUGAUUGAAUCCUUCUCAGUUGAUUAAAACAGGUAUUACAGAGCAGUGGUAUUUUGUGAAAUACAAAGGAUGGAAUUAGUGACAUGGUGCAUUGCUAUUGCUGAGCCAAAUCCACCUCAAAUAUAAAGAAGUCCAACUCUGGGAUUGUCCAGGGGACUAGAGCUAGCCUGAACCGAGCAAAUGGAUGUACCCCAAAAGGCCUGGAGUCCAGUGGCUAUAAAAAAUAAAUUCAACCUGUUCCUCACUGCUCUGUGUUUAUACCCCAAGCCUUUCCUUCAGCCCUUCCACACACAUGUGGAAGAUAAAACAAUAUCCUGCCAUUCCUCACCCUCCUCCCCUGCACACACAGCCACAAAGGACUUGUUCACACUGUCACAAGGACACAUCAUAAAUGUCCUUCCUUUGAUUUGAGCAGCCUCUCUUCUGAUUGUCACUGGUAAGAAUGAGAGUCACUGCAUCUGUGCUAGCUGGUUUUCUUCCUGUCAAAUAUUUUCCCAUGCUAAUUAAUAAAGAAAUAGUGACACUUUUGCAUA